AUGAACCGUGUAGAAGACUUAUUCGUUUUCUACGAACGAAUUUUUACGAUAGGCGGCGUAUGGCCAUCGAAAAAGUCCUCGUACAUCAGAUUUACGAUUUAUUUCAUCUAUUAUCUCACGUUUCUCAUAUUCUCAUAUGCCGAUUUAUUCGACAUCAUUGGUAAUUUAGAAUUGAUGGUAAUGAAUAUGGUCGAAACUAUCGUUUAUACGAUCACUUUCACAAUGAUACUUGUAAUACGUUUUAAUGGAUCAUUGAAAGGUAUCAUUGAAAGGGCAAAAGAAAAUAUGAGGAAAUAUAAUUUCGAAAACGAGGAGGAAAAAAUUAUUUACAAUAAUUAUCAUUAUGCAUCGAAAAUGUUCUUCAAGAUUUCGAACAUUGGUAUGGUUAUAACCGUCACGUUAUCAUACAUCAGACCUUUAAUAAAUUUUACGACUGGUAUCACAGUUAAGGACAACAGUACUGAUAUUUAUAUUCUGCCUAUUCGAAUACGUACCUUCUUUGAAUUAUCGAAUACUCGUGAUUACAUUCUCGUCUAUCUCUAUCUCUUUCCAAUGAUCUAUAUGUCAACAUGUCACAUGACAGCUAUUUGCGUCCUCGUAAAUCUCGUUUUUUUAAUUUGUGCCGAUUUGUCCAUUUUGUCAUAUCGUAUACGGAAUAUCACUAUCAAAUCGAAGAAGAACGUUCAUCUUAGAAUUCGUUCGCUUAUUGAAAUGCAUCUGAAAACAAUUUGGAUGGCUAAAUCACUGGACAAUGCGUUCAACAUUGUAUUAUUAGACGAGUUAUUAGGUAACAGUAUUGUACUGGCAAUUUCUAUGUAUUAUGUUAUAAUGAGUUAUGAUACAGCAGAAAUGGCAACUUGUUGUACAUUCGUCUUUUUCGCCUUUACUGCCCUUCUAAUGCUUUAUGGUUUCUGUGUUAUCGGUGAUCAAUUAACGCAACAGAGUGAAAAUGUCUUAAACGCUUACUACGAAUGCAAUUGGCUAGAUAUGUCAAAUAAUACAAAAAAAUUGCUUGUGAUAUGCAUGAUAAGAUCGCAAACAUGUUUGCAAUUAACCGGUGGCAAAUUUUACGUAUUUUCAUUGAACAGUUUCACCGACGUUCUAAAGACAUCCAUGGCGUAUUUGUCGAUGCUACGUACAAUUAUAUAAAAAAAAAAAUGAAAAAAAAUUACAUAAUAUA